GAUCAGGCCCCAGCAGUCCUAAAUUAUCUAACGCGAAAGUCACAUCAUUUUUUGCAUACUUCUAAUUAGCUGUACAAAAUGAUUAAGAUCACAUUUUUACUUAUGAUGAUCGGCGUUUGCCUGACUUAUCCAGCUGAUGAAGUAAAACCCCCAAUAGUAAACGUCGUGCCAGAAAAUGUUCGAAUGGAUCCAGUACCUAACCAGCCAGAACCUGAACAAGUCCCAAUUUCUGAACAAGAAUCAUUCGAGAAACCAGAGGAAGAUUUGACGACUGACAACACCUAUUGGUGGCGUAGAUCUUAUUAUCCUCGCAGAAGAUCUUAUUAUUACUACCCCAGAUCAUUUUCGUACUACAAAUCUUACCCCUACUACAGCUACUGGAACCCCUACAGCUGGUGGUGAAGUACAAGCGGCUGAAACAUAACUACCGGAAAUAUUGUGAUUUUUAUGUAUUUUAAAAAUAAAAUAAGGUUUUUAAUUAAAUUUUUCCUAACUUCGUUGCCUGUACAGUACAUAAAUACAGAACAUAAUUUG